AUGUUCAGUUUCACCCUCCUCGCUUUGCUCUGUUGUGGCAUCUUCGUCAGUUCAGGAAACGUUCUGCAACGGUCUUCUUCAUCUUCUGGAGAAUAUGGUGGGACUGGAGGAAAGCGAUUCUCACACUCUGGAAACCAACUGGAUGGGCGUAUAACGGCCAUUAGGGUUCGAGUUAACCGCUGGUACAUUGUGGGCAUGCAGGUCCGGUACGGGAAGGAGUGGAGCAACUAUGUAGGCGGCUCCUCAGGUGACCUGGAGGAAAUUUUCCUGCACCCGGGAGAGUCCAUCAUCCAAGCCUCCGGGAAGUACGGCUACUACCUCCGCAAACUCACGUUUACCACUGACAAGGGGCGCUACUUCCCAUUUGGAAAGGACACGGGCACCAGUUUUAACGCUGCUCCACUCUUCCCGGGCACUGUCCUGCGUUACCUCAGUGGCCGCUCCGGUUCUGUCAUCGAUGCCAUUGCGUUCCACUGGGACACCCCCAUAUCCGAUUGCCCCAGCUGUGGAAAGUGAGAGAACCGAAUAGAGAGAGGCAAGCAGACUGAUCAGUGGGGCGCUUCAAGGUCCGUCCUUCCACCACCCCUCUCUUUGGGAUUGAUCUCCCCCUCAUUCAUGGGCUAGAUGGCUAGAUGGGUCUUUCGGCCACCCCACCCCAGGAUCCAAUAAUUCCUCUGCCGGAUAGCUUCUCUGCCACCCAUUCAAAUAUUUCCAGCAUUUCUCCAACCACCCAUCCAACCAUCUCUCCCUCCUCUCCUCUUCCAUCCACCUGUACAAACCUUCCCCACUCACUCAACAACCUAUUCAUCAUCUCUUCUGCCACGUUUUGUCUCCUGUUUGUUAAUUGG